CGAUAGUGUUAUCACGUUUUAUCAAACAAGAUUGACGAGACAACUUACAAAUAUGCUCGUGAAUUUACACUAUCCCUAUUAAUCAUGAAGGAUGGAAGUUGAUCUUGUGAUAAUCAAUCUUUGAUAUGAUAAGUCGAGAACAACAUCGUCAUCAAACAUACUUUUCCUUUUCUUAGUGCAUUCAGAGUCUCAACCAUACGAAUAAUAAUAUAAUUUGUGAAGUUGAAGGAGAAAUAAUUACACACUUAGACUAGAAGUCAUAACUUGAACUUGGUCAGUGUUUGAACAUAAUUUUUGUUAGGCAUUAUCCCUUUUCCUCCAUUCUUGAUUAUCUUCUCUGACACUGAGAUUAAUUUAAUCCCAUUGAAAUCCAAUGGCCAAUGAUAAAGACCCACAUUUUGGAUAUAUCUCCUGAGCAUGGCCCACAAGGGAACAAAACCAUAAGCUCAAAAGGCCACGUGGCUACCUGAAAUUGCAAUUUUUUAUUUUUUUUAAAAUUCUUUGAUAAAAAGGAAAAACUGUUAUCUUGCCCCACUCUCUCUAUAUAUAAAUCAUCGAAGCCUACAUACAUUUACAAAACAAAGCCAUUAGCUAAAACUUAAAAAAGCUGCUUAUGGCUGAUUACUAUUUGCAAAACAUUCAAAAGUCUUUCCCAUCAUCAGACAUUAAUUCCAACAUGGAAUUUAUGAACAAUUUUCCAGAAAUAAAUCCAAUUUAUCAGGAUACGUCAAUCUUGAACUUGCAGAAUUUGAUGGGAUUUCCCAGUGACAAUAUUUUUCCCGAGUUAAUAAACGAAUGUACAGGAAUCUCAGAAGAUUUUCCGAGUUUGUUUAUUCAUGAGGAGAAGAAUUUGGUGCCUCAAACUGCAAAUGAUCAUCGUGCAGGAAAGAAGAGGAAAGAAAUUGACACCCCACAAAGUAGUGGUGCUUAUUCAUCUGCUCAAGGUUCUGCAAACGUUGAUACAAGGAAAAAUUGUGCAGGAAAAGGGAAAAAAGUGAAAUUAAACGAAAAGGAAGAGGAGAAACCAAAGGAUGUGGUACAUGUUAGAGCUAAAAGAGGUCAGGCUACUGAUAGUCACAGUUUAGCAGAGAGGGUGAGAAGAGAAAAAAUCAACGAUCGAUUGAGAUGUUUACAAGACAUUGUUCCUGGAUGCUAUAAGACAAUGGGCAUGGCAAUGAUGUUGGAGAAGAUCAUCAAUUAUGUGCAUUCCUUGCAAAGUCAAGUUGAGUUUCUUUCUAUGAAGCUUACUGUGGCAAGCACGUUUUAUGACUUCAACUCAGAAACAGACACCUUUGAAGCAAUGCAGCAAGCAAAGGAGUGCCAGGCAUUGAAGAUGCAGAAGAUGGAAAAGGAAGGAUAUGAGGGAAUUGCUUCAUCUCAAUUUGGUCCAUUAGACCACGGUUUUGGCAAUUAUCCCUCUUGGCAAUGGCCAAGGAACACUUGAAGAUGCCCCAAAAAUUUUCCCCCUUCUACGUACCAAAACAAACCAGACUUGGUGAAAAAAUUUGCAGAUUUCAAAAGUUAUACACAAUUGUAUCUCCUCUCACACUUGUGGGAAUUUAACCAAUUAUUGAUUAAUUAAACUUUUUAUAUCUUUUUUAGUGAUGUUCAUUGCAAAUAAAUAAUUUUAAAGAUUUCUAUUGUUAUUCGUCGCCCUAGUGAUUAUUUUAUCUUGAAUAGACAAGAUUAUUAUUUAUUUUUUAUGCUAUCAGUAUUGUAGCCAACCAUGAAUAUUUUCGAUUUCCAACAAGGAUGUGUAACUGAGGAAA